AAUCGAUUAAAUUCAAGACUUUUAUUUUGACAGAGUUUAAGACAUGCUGACCGGGAAGUAAAUGAUGUGCAAUUCAAAAUGUUCGCAGAUAGUUUUAGUGAGUUAAAAUAACAAUUAAACGUUGUUUUAUUAACCUUACACUGUUUAAAUGGGGAUUCACGAGAGCUGAUGGAGUGGGAACAGCUGGAUCUGAAUCCAAGGAUUAUUGCUGCUGUUAAAAAAGCCAAUUUCAGAUCAGCGAAGGACAUCCUCUGUGUGUCAGGUCCAGAUGUGCAGAGACUGACGCGCUUGUCGAAGGCUGACGUUCAGAGGUUGCAUGUUUGUGUAGCAGCUGUUGUCUUCAAGUCCAAGCCGCUCUCAGCUUUACAGCUGCUCCGGGGAGAAUGUCCUGUUUUGGAGGCCGGACACAGGCUCUCUUUUGCCUGCCCCGUCCUGGACGGUCUGAUGCGCGGUGGUCUCCCGGUACGAGGAAUAACGGAGCUGGCCGGCGAGAGUGCUGCUGGGAAAACUCAGUUCUGUCUGCAGCUCUGCCUGUCUGUCCAGUAUCCGCAGGAAAACGGAGGACUUAAUUCUGGAGCUGUUUAUAUUUGCACUGAGGAUUCUUUCCCUAUCAAACGACUACGGCAACUCAUUACCCAGCAGCCCCAGCUCAGACCAGAUCUGCCACCAGCUCUGAUUCGCAGCCGGCAUUUUAGUGACAACAUCUACAUCGAGCAUACAGCUGACCUUGAGGCUCUGCAGGCGUGCGUGUCUCAGCGUGUGCCUGUGCUGCUGAAGCGAGGGCUGGUCAGGCUGCUGGUGGUGGACUCUGUGGCAGCUCUGUUUCGCAGUGAGUUUCAGGCUGACGAGGCUGUGCAGAGGUCACGCCACCUGCUGGCCUUUUCCAACAUACUUCACCGCCUGAGUCAUGAAUAUGGUGCACCUGUAGUCUGUGUCAACCAGGUGACAGAUGUUGUGGACGGACCAAAUCCAGGAAGAUGUGACUAUGGACUGGUGGGGAGUAAGGUGCUUCCUGCAUUGGGCAUUGCUUGGGCUAACCAGGUGAUGGUGAGACUCAUGCUCAGGAGACUGCCAGGACAAGUUCAGUCAGACGGCCGAAGCAGUGCUCCCCGGAAAUUAGAAGUGGUUUUUGCUCCACACCUCCCUCGAGCGAGCUGUCUGUGUGGAGUUUGGGAAGAAGGAGUGAGAGGGAUCCCUGAUGACCACUCAGACCUGCAGCCACAGGGCUCUUCAUGAUGAAUCAUCGGCAAAAGGAGCAGAUGGACAGGUCUACUUAAAACACAUGUUGUUAAAACAUGGCAGUUAACAGCUGCUAACGGACAUAAAUGUUUAUAAAGGACAUUUAAAAUUAAUGCACAUUAUUUUUAAUACACAAUACUUACAGGUAUUACAUGCAAAUAGUUAAUCCUAUUUUUAUAAUCAUUUAAAUUUUUAUUAUUAUUAUUAUUUUGCCUUUGGUACAGAAUAAAUGUUUUCCUCAGA